AUGGUGUACACCGAGACAAAACCACGCGGCCCAAUUUCCGCAAUGAAUUCAACACCCGGUCCAGUUUAUCUACUACCGGGUCUUGUAGGAAGUGGUUUUCAUGAUCCACGAUCUGUUCAUACUAAACAACCAGCAUACUCAUUUGGCCUUAGACAUGGUAAAUAUAAAGAUGACUCUUCACCUGGCCCAUGUUACUAUCCAAAUUCAAAAAUCUUACGAAAUGGUAAAGAUGGUACUCCACAUUAUUCUCUCUAUGCUCGACGUGGUGAUCUUAAAGGAGAUCGUAAUCCUGGACCUGGUACAUAUAGACCCGAAGAUAAAGCACCAAUGAAAACUGUCUUUCAAUCACCACCAGCCUACACAUUUGGCACUCGUCACAAGGCAUAUGGACUCGAUCAUACACCUGCCCCAAAUGCUUAUGGUUUACCAGGUAUGCUUGGUAAAACAGUUCAAAGUGUGAAAAAACAAGCACCUAUCUAUUCAAUGACUGGAAGAAGCAAAAUAGGUGGUUUCGAUGAAGAUUUACAACGAACACCAGGACCUGGUACUUAUACUGUGACAAAACCGGGCAUAUAUAAAUCAGAACCACCACAUUACAGUAUGAUUGCUAGAAAUGAAAUGCCCGGUGAUUCAACUCAAAAACCAGGACCUGGUAAAUAUUCACCAGAAAAAGUUUGGCUUCAUAAACAACAAGCACCUGGUUAUUCAUUUGGUAUUCGUCACUCAAUGUAUGAAGCACCACUUAUUGUUGAAGUUAAAGACUAA